UACAUUUAACUUUCAAUUAAUCUCAAUUGAUCCAAGCAACCCAAGCAAUCCAAGAUGAGCACCAAAAACGAUAGAGUCAUUAAUUUUGGAGCUGGACCAGCCAAGCUGCCCCAAGAGGUACUUAAAGAGGUACAAAAUGAGCUUUUAUCAUUUGCCUCAACCAAGGUCAGUAUCAUGGAGCUGAGUCACAGAUCACCAGAUUUUGCUAAAGUCAAUCAAAAUGCCCAAGAUCGUGUACGAGAAUUGCUAAAUAUUCCAGAAAAUUAUAAAGUGCUUUUCAUGCAAGGUGGUGGAACUGGUCUUUUUGCAGCAGUGCCUCUUAAUCUUAUUGGCAAAACUGGAACUGCUGAUUAUAUUGUAACUGGCUCUUGGUCGGCAAAGGCAGUCAAGGAGGCUGCUAAAUAUGGAAAGGUCAAUCAAGUUUUUCCAAAACUUGAUAAAUACACAAAUAUUCCUGAUCAAUCAACUUGGAAAUUAGAUUCAAAUGCAUCAUAUGUUUAUUAUUGUGCAAAUGAAACUGUUCAUGGAGUUGAAUUUGAUUUUAUUCCUGAGACAAAUGGAGUUCCACUUGUUGCUGAUAUGUCAUCAAAUAUUCUUACCAGACCAUUGGACAUUUCCAAGUUUGGAGUUAUUUUUGCUGGUGCACAAAAAAAUAUUGGACCAUCUGGUGUAACACUUGUUAUUGUACGUGAUGAUUUAUUAAAUAAUGCGUUGAAUAUUUGUCCUUCAGUAUUUGACUUUAGCAUAAUGGCUAAUGAUAAUUCAUUGUACAAUACACCACCAACAUUUCAAAUUUAUGUUGUUGGACGUGUAUUUGAGUGGAUUAAAAAACAUGGUGGUGUUGAAGGAAUGGAAAAACUUGCCAAGGAAAAAAGUAAAUUAGUUUAUGAUGUUAUUGAAGAAUCAAAAGGUUUUUAUACUUGUCCAGUAGUACCAAGUGCAAGAAGUCGUAUGAAUUUACCAUUUAGAAUAAAUGGUGGUGAUGAAGAGCUUGAAAAAAAAUUCUUAGCUGGUGCAGUUGAACAGGGAAUGCUCCAAUUGAAAGGACACAGGUAA